ACUAUUAGAACCAGAUGGCAAAUCUCAGAUUUCAGAGUAUCCAAUCACCAAUAUACUGUUUUGCUGUCGGGGUGCAGAGAGUACACAUGAAUUUGAUUGUUUUGCUUUUAACACUGGACAUGGGAGGCGAGAUAAUGAGAUAUUCCAGUGUCAUGUGUUCAGAUGUGAGGUACCAGAGGCUGUUGAGAAGAUUUUGUUGUGUUUUGCUCAAGCAUUUCGUCGCGUUCCUAGAAGUCCAUCUUCUAUUUACACACCGCCUCCGACUCCAACUAAAGACCUGAGUAAUCUGUUCACAUUUGAUGUGGGCUUGGAUAUCAAGGAAGAUGUGGACGGCAAAGGCGGCUAUAAUCAUGUACCCAAAGAAAAGAACUGUUUUAAACUGCGGCAAGACUAUGUAAAGAAAGUUAUUGUUACUGUUCAACAAACAUCAAAUAUGGAACUAGUCAUAGAAAGAUGUUUUGGUUUGCUCUUAGCACCUGGACGUAAUGUGAAGCAUGCUGACAUGCACCUACUUGAUAUGGUAUCGAUGGGUUGUAGUGGUGAUAGUAGAUCUAACGUAAUCUCUGGUGAAUGGGAUCCUGCUGGAUUUGAAGUACUCAAUACAGAAACACCUAAAGGUACAAGGGUUUUUAUGACAGUAGCAGUAGACUUGGUGAUUGCUGGCAUACAAGAACCAGUUCGAUUCCGAAUUGAGACCAAAGUACGCAUCUUCCCUCCCACUGAACGUUUCUGGUACUUCAAUAAGAAACCAAUUCAUGAACAAUUUUACUUAACCCUGAAAGAAGUGCCAAGUGAAGUUGAAAAUGAACAAGCAUUUGAAGUGGUGAAUUUAAUUAGUGAAACUGAAUUAGAAAGGAGACGUGCUACUCAUACAUUACAACCACAUGCCGUGCCAUUAGAGCAUUCUAACUCCACACCAACACCACAGGAUGAAGAUGAAGAGAUUGAUCACCAGAUGAUUAUGUUCUCAGAUAACGAUGAACCAUUACUGAGUGGUUUUGGUGACGUCUCUAAGGACUGUGAAGAGGUCAUCUUAGAAAACUGGGGAGAUGCUUUGGCCAAAUGGAGAACCAAUAUGAAUAACAAACCCAAACAAAUAACCUCACUGGCACGUAAAGGAAUACCAGAAGCGCUACGAGGGGAAGUGUGGCAGUUACUGUCCGGUUGCCAUGACAAUGAAGAUCUAAUGGAGCAUUACAGAGUACUAAUUGCUAGAGAUUCUCCAGCAGAAAAGGUCAUUGAAAGAGACAUAAACAGAACAUUUCCAGCUCAUGACUUCUUUAAAGAAGCUGGCGGUUUGGGUCAAGAUGCUCUCUACAAAAUCAGUAAAGCAUACUCUGUAUAUGAUGAAGAAGUAGGUUACUGUCAAGGUUUGUCAUUUCUUGCUGCAGUCUUACUUUUACAUAUGCCUGAGGAACAAGCAUUUGCAGUGCUUGUUAAGAUAAUGUAUGAAUAUGGAUUGAGAGAUUUGUUUCGUAACGACUUUGAUAUGCUGCAUACUAAGUUCUAUAUUUUAGAACGACUCUUAGAA